GGUUCAAGUAUUCUGCCUAUGGGUUUUUGCAGUUAUUCUCCUGAGAAUCCCAGGAGAUGUUUGCAUGGAAAUAAUUGGAGGCAAAGAAGUGCCAGAACAUUCAAGACCUUUCAUGGCUCUUGUAACAGGGAAGGGUAUUUGUGGAGGAGCAUUAAUCAGUUCCAAGUGGGUAGUGACUGCAGCACAUUGUUAUGACAUCCUACAGGUCAUACUUGGAGUCCAUUCACAGAGCAAGAAAGAUAAAGCAUGGCAAAUAAGGAAGGUCAAAAUGAGAGUGCCACAUCCAUGCUAUGACAACCAGACCAAGGUUAAUGACAUCAUGUUACUGAAGCUGGAUAAAGCAGUCAAGACGAACAAAAAUGUCUCUUUCCUCCCACUACCUGAGUCAGGCAAGCAUAUCCAAGCUGGAACAAACUGCCAUAUAGCUGGGUGGGGACUUGUCAGAAACGGGGACAUGAAAGGAUCAGAUGUAUUAAUGGAAGCCAAUGUCACUGUUAUUGACUGGAGAAAGUGCAAUAGUGAAGAAUACUACAAUCUGAAUCCUGUCAUAACAGUAGAUAUGCUUUGCGCUGGUUCAGUAGAUAAUAAAGUUCGAAGAGAUUCGUGCAAGGGGGAUUCAGGUGGUCCAUUAAUCUGUAAUGGAGAAUUCAGAGCUGUUACUUCCUUUGGUUCUAAAUGUGGUCUUCUUAAAAAGCCUGGUGUGUACACACUCCUGUCUCAGAAAUACAUCCAAUGGAUCAAAAAAGUAACCAGGGGUGAUGCCUAAAAUAUUUUAUGAAGGAAAUGACCAAAGCUUUUUUUAUACUUAAAAUAUGUGAGGUAUCAGUUCAAAUGAAAGAUGUGGGGGCUAACAAUACAAUAGCAUAGUCAGUUGUGUUAGUAAAAUUGAUAAAAGGCCAUAUUGCUGCAUUGUAUUUGUAUUUCUAAUAGAUGUUCACUUUCUAUCGCCAUUGUUUUCUUACAUCUAUGCCCUCUCAUUGUAUGACCACAUACCAACUUACUUGAUUAUACAGUAUUCAUUUGCAUAUCUAUAUUUAAACCACAGCUUGACUAAAAGUUAAAUAUCAAUGAGCUGUGAUGUUGCAAUGAGUCUAUCAGUGAAUUACAGAAUCUUAGAUGACUUACUUCCACUUAAUCAAUUGCACACGAAGAGGCUUAAAGAAAACAAGUUCUCUCCCCUUCUGUAAACCUUGUGUUCUUGAAGGCAGACAAAAUAAUGUAUUAUUAUGAAUUUAGGUGCAUUCAUAUUUUUUUUGUUUCUUACUAAUCUUGUAUGACAUCAAUGAAACAUUCUUAUUUAUAUGUAUUUAUUCUUUGUUAAGUAUUAAGGUUACCUUAAUUUG